GCUGCUACCUCCGCACUCGCGACUCGCGCUCCGCUCCGCCGCUCCGCUCAGCCAUCAGCUGACCCGAAUCCCAACCCCAACUUUUCUCUUCUCCUCACGUCAGUAAUGCCAGUAUUACACAAUGGCAGACGGAGGGACGGAUGAAAGGCGCUCCAUUAGGGAUUCGGCGCGGUCUCUCAAGAGGUACGGAAGUACCAGUAGCCACCAAAAACGGCCCGAGCAGCUCAUCAAGCAUGUAGUCUGUAAAACCGAUACCCUCCAGGGCUUGGCGCUUCGCUACGGAGUCACGACGGAGCAGAUCCGUCGCGCCAACAGACUGUUCGCCAAUGACAGCUUGUUUCUAAGAGAAUAUCUCAUGAUUCCGGUACCAGACACAGAUGGUAUGCUGUCUAGCUCUGGUUCAGCAGGAGCAAGUGUCAUAUCAUCACCUGCAUCACCUAUGUCACCUAGUUCAACAGAAAAUGGCUUUUCCGAUGAACAUAGUAUUGAUGAAUUUCUUGACAAAAUAGAUUCUUCAAUAGCCAGCACUAAGAAUCAAGUUCAAAAAGUUCAAGGAAACAGCAGCUUGUACUCUGAGGACGACAUAUUUACACGAAAACGACCACCAGUUUCGAGGUUACGUCAACAAAAUCAACAUCAAGUUGUUGCACCAUCAUCAAGUGAAAUUCUUUCAGCUCCUCACCCAAUCGUAAUGACUCAAGGAAGAAAAGUCCGCACAUCAUUGCAGCGUCUUCAAAGAGAACAAGAUGAGAUGUUUGAGCUCUAACCAACAUUUAAGUCUGAUAGUGCCCUAAAGACAUCUUUCAUGUGUAGGGUGUGCUUGAACCAAAGGAAGAAUGUAUCAUUUGUGUGGUGUUAUACUUUGAGUUGUCCUUCCAAAUUUUAUUACUUUGAAAAGUUAAAUCACCAGGGACUAAUUAAUAUCCUAUUUUGACUGAUAGGCUUUCUUAGAAUAGCUCAUCAAAUGAAGCGUAGCUUGUUCAUUUUAUUAUUCAAUGCAAUUAUUAAUUGACAAUAUAUGGGUGACUGCUAAUCCAUAUUUUCACCUGUGUUAGAAAAUGUUAGCUAAAUGCAAUUGUGUAAAUGGGCUUCAGUUACCUACAGUGUGUCUUAACUUCAAUCGUGUAUGGUAUGCUUUGAUGUGCUCAAAUCUGAUAAGCCAUUCUUUGUGUCUCUUGCUUAUUGAACCAAGUCUUUUUGUUUUGAUGUAUAAGAUGUGCUACUGAAGACUGUUUUCUAUUAGUUGUAGCUUGAUCUUCUUCCUCUCUUUUUUUCCUCCCAUUUUGUUCUGUCUAAAGUUUCAGUGUGUGACCCCAAUGGCAAUUCUUAAGGCAAUUGGGUAUAACUUUGUUAAAUUAGUGGCUGAAACUAAUUUUCCUAAAAGUAUAGUACCUUCAAUCUAAACUCUGAAAUUCAUGUUUUUAUUCUUGUACAGAAUUUGAUAACAACAUAAGAGAAAUACUUUAUUUUAAGUUAAUUAAGACACUUGUGCCUAUAGAACUUGUUGAAAAGGUUUUGGAUUUUGAGAAUAUUGUUUAUUGUUGUUAUAGUUUGAUAAGUUAUAUCAUCGCCUAAAGUGUAACAAAUUAAGAGCUUUCAUUUUGUUAUGUUACGGUGUCUUUCUUGCCAUGGUUUAGUGGCUAGUUUGUCUGGCUGUGUAAUGAAGGGUGAAUGUAUGCCUGAGAAUGCUUGCUACUGUGCAAUACUUAGCAGUUGGUUAAUUACAUUACCAUUUAAAGAUUUUAUUUUUAAAAUCUUCAAUAUUUAACCUUCUUUUUUGUUGAGUUAAUCUUGUGAGAAAAAUCCCUUUGUUGGCUCUUUUGUAUACUUGCUUGAAUUGGCCGGCAUGUAAGUCAAGGUUAGUGAACUUGUGGAGGAAUUGGUUUUGUUAGUUUGUUGAUUUUUCAGUUCCCUGUGGAGGAAACAAGGAUGUGCUAGUUCCAGUAGGAGGGUAUUUACAAUAGAAAAUCAAAUUUUAGGAUUCAUGCGUAAUGAGGUGUACCUAAUCAUUCAACUAAUACAGUAUAUUUUACUUUCUGAGGAUUUCUCUAAUAUGUCAUUAGAUUUUAUGCCAUAAAUUUGUGAUAAUGUAUGCUACUUUGGAAGAAUCCUUAUCUUGACAGAAAGUAUAAUUUUGACUAUUUCUAGGAUCAUUCAUAGGUUGUCACCCUUCUCCUUGUCAAUUACAUCAUUGGUUCCGAAAAUAGAUGUUUAUGGCAUAGACUCUCCACUGCAUAUUUAGCUUUCUGCUCUGCUCGAGUUGUUUUAAGAUUCUUUGCCUUCUCGCAAGUCUUUAACAAGCUGUGCAUUCAAAAGACAUCUAAUUUUUAUUGUUAGAGAAUUUUUAUGUUAAAUUUUGGUUAUUACUUCAAAGUUAAAUGGAGAAACAUGGUUUCAGCAACAUGCAAUAAACCAAGCAUUAUAAAUUAUUCAUUUUGUCGAUUGUUGGUAAAAGAAAUAACUCCUUGCCUUGAGUUUUAUAUUUUUGUGAACUGUAUCUAAACUUUCAACUAUAAUGAAGCAAACUAUUUUUUAAAGUUGUUGAAUGGUAAUCAAUCCAUGGCAGUCAGACUUUUUUUUGUCACAAACUGUUUGGUGGUGUUGCUCUCUAAUUAAUGUAGUGUAAAAAGGAAUUAAAUGCCUGGCAGCAAUGGAUUUACAUUUAGUGCAAGAUCCAACAUAAGUUGUGAUUUUCUUACUCCACUAUUAAAAAAUAAACACUGAUAAGAUUUUUACACAUUGAUUGGUACUUACCAUAAAUAAGAAGUCAUGUGUAUCAUUGAAGCAAAGAAACUGGUAAUGAUAGUGUUUUGAUUUUAUCUAUCUAUUCAGAUGUAUUUUUGAAUGAACUAUUUUAAGAAGGUUCUUGUCCAUAGCUUCUUGAACUUUCCAGAGUUUGCUUAUGUUAGCUAUUCGUACUUAAAGUUGUCAGUGCCUCAAUCAUCUCCAGUUGUAUUGCGGGAACUUUCUCAGAUACCUGAGACAAUACACUAAAAAAAAUUCAUCAUUCAUUGUCCAUAGGGUAUUUCAUUCAUUAUUAACCAGGACAGUUCUUAUAUCCUUUCUUCAAUCAAAUUGUUCUCAGAGUACGAGUGUGUUUUGAUACAAAUGUGUGGUUCCUUAGCAAGGUAGGUUUAGAGGAAGAAAAUUGGAUAUCCAACAUAUCAUAUUGAUUUGUGUCUUGCCUCCAUUCCAUUUGUUUACUUUGUUUUUGUAAGUCCAGGCCUUUUGCGCUGUAUGAGAGAGGCACAAACAGUUAGGGAAGAUAUUGUGAAAACUAUCUUUGAGUGAAGUACUCCAGAAUUGUCAGCAUAAUUUGAUUACAUAUGUGUUAUUCUCAUCACUUAGGUUUAGCAUUACUACCGUUGUUACUUUUCUUGUAUUCAAACUGGCCAUUUACCUAUAUUCUUCACAAUGCAGCACAAACAAUGAGCACUGUGGUGCAAGCAUGUCUCGUCUUCUCAGAUGAAAUUAAAUUAGACUAACUUUACGGAGUGUACUAUGAUAAAUCUGUGAUUACAUUGAAUAAAAGGUGCAUUUUACAAUGUGAAA